UUUACUAAGAGAGCGACGAAUCCUCGGAAAGGUUCAGUGCGGAACGCGCUCUCGAACUCGAAGGAUCCUUCGUCCUCCUUUGAUCCCCCACGCCCGUUUUUCUCGCACGAUAGACAAAGAGAGGAACACUUUCCCCCCCGAAGCCGGGCCAAGCGGAGAGUCGCGAGGGAACCUCCUUUUUGCUACCGGUGGCCAACCGAGAGACCCGGCCGACACACCACGCUCGCCGAUCGUUCCUUUUAAUCUCGAUGAACGCCGAUCUCGGGGCUGGAGUGUCACUUCUGAGGCUACCACGCGCGGACCAGCUGCUGAUCUAGCGGGACACUAGACACCAGUGUUGUUGACGAGGAUAGGAUCGACGACGCGGGAUGAUCGACAGGACGAUCGUUGUGGUCCUUCUUGGACUGCUAGGACUGGGAUACGGUUUACAAUGCCCGAAACAGAAGACAUCGCCUGGAAGGGAGGUCGUCUGUUACACUUCCGUUUCCGACGUCGGGAAACUGACGAACGCACUGUGCAGGUGCACCACGCUGGUGCAUCAAGGAUACGACGUGCGAAAUCUCUCGACUUCCGACUUUGAGGACUUCCGGAAUUCGCUGAAGAAGAUCAACCCGCCUCUGCAGUUCAUGAUUUCCGUCGAAGACCCCGCGAAGACGCUGAGGACUUCCGGUACAGUACGCCAGGAGACCAUCGCUCGUCUGCUCGGGAUCUUGAAAGACAUCGAUGGAGUCCAAUUAAACAUGACAGCUGGUACGAAGGAACGACUGCUAGAUUUUGUGAAAGGACUGAAGGAUGAGCUGGUGAGGAAGUCGCAGGAUAAGAGAAUCUUCGUGGUUCUAUCCACGAAAGGUGAAGAUCUGGCGAAGCAGUUCGAUUUGAAGGAGCUAACGAAGUAUGUGGAUCUAUUUACGCUCCCCACGCAUUACUUGGCCGAAGAUGACGACGACAGUCAUACUUUCCAUCCGUCGCGAUUGAUGGGUUUGUUCGAUUUGUACAAUGCGGAUAGUUUGAUCGAUUUGAUCAGCGGCUUGGGAGCUCCCAAACGGAAAAUUCUGGUAUCGGUACCUGCGACCGCUUACAAGUUCAUUUUGAAGGAUGAGGAUGGCAAUGCGCCUGGAUCGCCAACAGAGGAAAAGCAGCCAAUCAUUAUUGAUCGCAAACAGUUGUGUAACUCCCUUAACAAUGGAGAGUGGACCGUCGAGAGAGAUGAAGAUCUCACAGCACCCUAUGCUUUCAAGAAUAAAACGUGGAUCGCUUUUGAAGACAAAAUUUCUAUCGCUAUCAAGGGAAAAUAUGCACUGCUUCGAGAACUGCCAGGACUUGCUAUUUACGACAUCGAAAAUGACUUCGAAACGCAAUGCGGAAAGCCUCUCACUCAUGAAAUUCAUCAUUCGUUCACAGACUUCAAGAGAAAGUCGAGGGCUGCCGUCCUGAACGCUUUGGAAGACGAUUUACAUCAAACUCAAUUAACUUAUCCAACAAAAGUUAAAUCAUCCGAAUACCGAGUAGUCCGUGUAGUAGAUACGGAAGGACAUAUUCGAGCUGUGCGCGAGAACACUCAGACUGAAUUCACUUGCCCAAGACAGGGCUACUUCGUUCAUCCAAAGAGUUGCAACAGAUUCUAUCGUUGCGUCAAAUUCAAUCAGGAAGUAGAAGAUUACUCGGUCUUUGAGUUCGAUUGUCCAGCAGGAUUGGCUUUCGACGAACGUACAGAAGUCUGCGUUUGGCCAGGAUCGUUGCCUCAAGGAUCACCAUGUCCAGGAAGCAGUGAGAUUGCUCCUGUGACUCGAGUAAGGUUCGAAUGUCCUUCGACUCCGGGAUACUACGCGGAUCCCCAAAAUCCUCGUUGGUUCUUCGCUUGCAUGGACUUAGGCGGCCCAGAAAUGAUGGCAUUCGAAUUCCGUUGUCCCUUCGGACUGAUCUUCGAUGAGCACAAAUUAGUUUGCGAAUGGCCUUGGUUGGUGCCAGGGUAUUCAGAAGGUGGUUACUCCACUCAAAGUGGUGAUGGAUACUUCACUGGUGGAUUGUCCCAUGGGUAUACUAGUCAAGGUGGAAUAUACACUGGAACAACAGCAGGCAUUGACUAUUCAGGAUCGACAGGCGGAUACUCUGGAUACUCAGGAUUCUCUGGAGCAGCUGGCGUAGGACACGCAGGAUCAACCGUUGGUGGACAUGGAUCUUCCUUUGGUCAGGGAUCAGUUGGAUACACAGGAACAACUGGAAGCGGGUACACUGGAUCAGGAGGAGCGCAAAUUGGAACUGGUUACUCUACUGGUGGUUACGGUGGGUCAACUGGCAAAGGAGGAUCAGUUAGUGGAAGCUACGGAGGUCAAUCUGGCACAGGAUACUCCAAACCUGGCACUGAUUAUUCUGGAUCUAAUGGAGUGUACACUGGGCAUACUGGAUCUGGCUUGGAGUACACGGGAGCAACUGGCCAAGCAUCCAUUGGAUCAAGUUAUGCUGGCAAAGGAACCACAGUUCAUUCAGGAGCUGGCGGAAUUUAUAGCGGAGCAACUGGCCAAGCAUCCAUUGGAUCAGGUUAUGGUGGCAAAGGAACUACAGUUCAUUCAGGAGCUGGCGGAAUUUAUAGCGCAGCAACUGGUGGAUCAGGACAUUUCGGACAAUCAGGAUAUUCUGGCACAACUAGUAAUAUUCAUGGAGGAGCUGGAUACAUAGGCUCCACUGGUAAAGUUGGAGGAGGAAUAGAUUACUCUGGAUCAACGAUUGGUGUCCACGGAGGAUCCGGUUAUUCGGGAGCAACUGGAAAUGUUGGAGGAGGAAAUGAUUACUCAGGAUCAACUGAUAAAGUUGGAGGAGGAAUAGAUUACUCGGGAGCAACGACUGGUGUUCAUGGAGGAUGUGAUUAUUCAGGAUCAACUGGUAAAGUUGGAGGAGGAUCAGGAUGCUCAGGAUCAACUGGCAAUGUUGGAGGAGGAUCAGGAUACUCAGGANCAACUGGCAAUGUUGGAGGAGGAUCAGGAUACUCAGGAUCAACUGUUGGUGUUCAUGGAGGAUCAGACUAUUCAGGAUCAACUGGCAAUGUUGAAGGAGGAUCAGGAUACUCAGGAUCAACUGUUGGUGUUCAUGGAGCAUCAGGCUACUCAGGAUCAACUGUUGGUGUUCAUGCAGGAUCAGACUAUUCAGGAUCAACUGGUAAUGUUGAAGGAGGAUCAGGAUAUUCAGGAUCAACAGUUGGUGUCCAUGGAGGAUCAGACUAUUCAGGUUCAACUGGUAAUGUUGGAGGAUCUGGCUACUCAGGUUCAACAAUUAUUGUCGGAGGAUCCGAUGGAACAGGAUACGAGGGAGCUAACGCUGGAGGAUAUAAAGGCUCAACUGGUGGAGGAUAUACAGGACCGACAACUAGUGCUCAUGCUGGUAGCAUAGGUGGAGGAUUUACAGUACCAGUUGAUAGAGGAUAUACAGGAUCAACUAGUGAUGCUCACGCCGGAGUUGGAUAUGUGGGUACUACCGUUGGAGGAUACCAAGGGUCUACGAGUGGAAGCCACGUUGGAUUUUCUGGCUCAUCUUCAUCAGGAUAUACACCAGGAGGCUAUACUCCAGGAAUAAAAACUGGUACUGGUGUAUCUGGGGUUCAGUACACUGGAUCCCAUUUGGGAGGUUCCCAAACUGGAACUUCAACUGGUCAAACGAUAAUUUAUGGUAUCCAACAUCCUCAAACAGAAAUUUACCGCUUGUCUGGCACGACAGACACAGGAACAACCUAUGUUCAGAAACCUGAAAAGCCGGGAGUUAAUUGUGUGUCCACUUGUGUCACCUCUCAACAACCAGUUGAACAAACUUACUCAACAGGAGGUUACAUAUCUGGUCACGAAGGCUCCGGUGGAAUAUUCCCAGGCCAAAAAGGAGUAACUUCGACCUACUUCGGUAGCACAGGUGCCCAAGGAUACGACCAAGGUGUUGUCACAUCUGGAACGACAGUUUAUCAAGGUAGCAAUGGCUACACUGGCGGCUACCAAGGAAUCGGAGGCAAAGACAAUCUAAACAUCACCUUCGUCGGUGGUCAAGUACCUUCCUCUAGCACCACUUACCACGGAAUCGGCAAACCGUCCAUUGGCUACGGUGGCACAGGCUCAACGGGAACCAUAGCAACCGGAAACAGCGUUCCAGGAUCGAUCAUCACAGGAAACUCUUCUCCAGGCACCCUGUUCACUUACGGAGAAACUCCAGGCACAGUGAUCUCAGGAUAUUCUGAUCAAGGCACUGUAGUAACCGGAGACAGCCAACCAGGAUACAUAAAAACUGGCAGUGGUACACCUGGCUACGUAAUCAACAAAGGAGUAAAGACCAUCUAUACUGGUUCAGGUAGUCCUGGAACAGCGGUGUAUGGAACUUCUGCGCCAGGUGUCGUCUUAACUGGAGCACCUGACUCUGGCACGGUUCUGAAAGGACAAUCCAGUCCUGGAAUUGUUCUCACAGGACAAACAGCUCCAGGAGUGUCCAUCCAUGGAGCGUCUGAUCAAGGAACAGUCAUUGGUUCAACGGGACAUCAACUAUUCACUGACUCAGGUUACUCACAGCCAGGUGUCACUGCAGGCCCUGGGUAUGGAACAAAGAUCGGAGUUGGCUCCACUACUCAGAACACUGGAUACAAGAUCAACGAGUACCACGAUAACGGAGGACGUGGCACUAUCAAGUUUAACAAUGGCGACGUGACUACUAAAUACACAGAGAAUGACAUCCCAGAUUACAGACCAGGUGGAGGUAACAUUCUUCCUGACACCCUUCUUCCUGGAUACAACGCAGGCAGCCAAACUUCAUCUGGAUUCACCAAGACAGGACCGACGAAGACAGGAAUCACUACAGCUACAUUGGGCGGUCGUGGUAGCUACGUAAUCAGCACAGGACAAACGCGUCCAACGAUCAAGCCCGACAGUAUAGGCGAGAAAGCUUUCGAAGGCAACGUGGCAGGGUUCACUAAAACAUCUACAGAAGGCAGCGUGAAUCUGUAUCAAGGAUCCACGCAGUCUCAAAACGUGAACUACGUAGACACAUCUAAAAUUACCUUAGGCCCAGCGAAACCUACCGGUUACACGUACCCCAAACCAAGUAUCGCGUUUGAGACUGGUAUCAAAUCGACUACAGAAGUUCCAGAUUUCUCAACGCCUAGCGGUGUCCUCACAGGAACAACGCCAACGCCAUUCUUGAACGUUGAAGUGUACAAUUCGCCGAAGUUAGUCGGGCCAACUGCCUCGCCUGGUGUUGUGAAGAUCGAUUCCACGCAAGGUUACUAUCAAGGCAAAGUCCCUACUGGAUUCAUCAGCGGACCGACUCCAACUAUUACAACUACAGGCUACGCUGGAUCUCUGGAUGAUUACAAGACCACUGCCUUUAACUCUGUUAAGGUUCCAGGCGUGUCGACGGCGCGACCAGUGAUCGACACUGUGUACAAGAUCUCGACGCCGGUUUCUGCGCCAGAGGGCCAAGACAAGUUUGGAGGAAAUGUUCAGACUGGAUCCGUAUCCACCCAGUUCAAUUAUGAAACGAAAACUUCGCAGGAAGAUGGAUAUGGACAACAGAACGGCUUCAUUUCAAGCACAACACAGCCGUCUGUGUUUGGAGUGACGUCCACCUACACGAUCUCUAAACCCAGACCGUUUGGACCGGGUAUUUCUGUAACUCAGCAGCCUGAGAUUAAUUAUGUGUCUUCUACGUCUUCUGGCUCGGAGUAUUUCGACAGCAAGAGUUCUUUCGGACAAAGGGUGACUUCUUCGGGCAUCUCGGGGUCUCUGAAGCCACAGACUCAGUACCUGCCAAGCGACUCCCCAGGACCCGUCAUAAAGCUAACCCCACUGCCAGACAUCACCUACCAACAAUCAACACCGAUCGUGCCAGUGACGCUAACCGGUCAAUCUCCAACGAACGUCGAAAUCUCCAGGAACGAAGUUGGAAAGCUCGUCACGAACUACAACAGAGGCACUACCAAAUACGUGCCCAGUCAGUACGACAUCUACACGCCAGGAGUACUAACUGGAGGCAACUACCCUAAAUCACAGACCUCGUUAUACGGCUCGACACCAGCUCCAUUUGGAAGAACUCAGUUCUCCAGUGGAUUCUCGUCAACCUCUUCUGGCAUUUCGUACGAAACCACUGCCAAAACCACUGCCGUUGGUAAGGCAAAGGUGAUCGUUAAGUGGAGCGACCUGCAUCCUCUCCUUCUGGGCAAACUUGGCGCCGAAUGUACCUGCAAAGGAGAUCCUUUCGCCAACCUUAGGGGUCCCGGUUCGAAAUUGAUCAACUCGUCUAAGGGCAAAGUGGAUUUGUCUAAUUAUGACGAGUCUGAUAUCUAUGUAGACCUCGACAAAGAUAACGGUUCCUACGAGGACAACGAUUACACGUCCAACUACGAUUCUACGUCUGCGAGGCCCUUCAAACUCUGGCCGAUCGAGACACCAGCUCCAGUAUCGAGCUCCGAGGAUUCUCAGAUUUCACAGAAACCUUCUUCCGCUUAUCUACCCAGUGUCACGUCUUCGGCAGGUCUCCACGGCAGUGUUCCGCCGACUCCAGCUGUCAGCCAAGGGUUCACUGCUAACUACAGGUCAGGAAAGAGCUUGAACGACGAUGGAUCCACUGCGAAUUCCGUUGGGAAGGGAGCUUCCUUCGAUCGUUAUGGGCCUGGAGGACUUCGUGAUUCGGAGGAGGUCCUCGAAGGUGCCACCAACUGUGCCAGGCCUGGUCUGUUCAGACACCCGAACUUCUGCAACAAAUUCUACGCUUGCCACUGGGACGAAUGGAAGAAGAAGUUCACGUUGCACGUGUUCAACUGCCCAGUGCAUCUGACAUUCGACAACGGCGCAGGUGCCUGCAACUGGCCCAGCAUGGGGCCAGCCUGCCAGGACGAUAAUCUGCUAGUUUAAGACGGUCCGCUGUUGACGGACAGCCGGACCGAUCUCGGAUACUGCGGCAUUUUUGUUUCUUAUCAGCACUAUCUUUAAACUCUCUAUGCGCAGGAUUGCACUUCGCGAGUAGCAAAGAACUUAACGUGAAUUUCUCCACGCGAAGGUUCAACCUUCGACAAUGUGCUCUGUAGCCGUCUUCACUUGUUUACGAAUUAUUUUCACUUUAAGCUGCGAAUGAGAUAUUUACAUUCGGGAAAGUUAUAAAUUUCGACAGAUAAUUUUAGUUGAACUUGGUUUUUUUAAACUGAUAUAAUUAGGAACGAUGGGCUUUAGUGGAAAUUAUUGAAGAUUCAGUCACUUCGGUUCUAGCACUUCGGAAUGGAUCGAUUUUCAUUUCUCUUUUAAAUCAGCCUUUACUUUUAAAUAAUUUCCAACCAGGGUUACACAGCUCGAUAAAUUAUUCAAGCCGGUAACAUUGACAAGCAACGGAUCGCGGAGGCAGCGCACAAUUCUAACAAGGUAACGGUACACGCUUAAUUUCUUUGCAUACCGUCGCGAAACCCGCGGAACGGGUGUAACAAAGUGCUUUCCGGAGGUAACGAGGAUCAAGACAAAGAAGAAGAAAGAUCCAAGGCGAUCGAGGUACGGCAACGCGAAAGCACACUGUCCGGGAGGUGAAAGUCAAGCUGUGUGCUCAACGAUCCAAAUCGCGGGAACUCGAUGGCCUGCGCGAUUCGAUGUCGCCGGGAAAUCAUUGUAAAUAACCGUC